GGGAGGUGAAGGUGACUCUCUUCGCGGCAGAGAGAAGGAGAUGCAGAUCGGGCUGCUGCGGGAGCCCGUCCCAAAGUCGUCUUCGGCCGUCUUACUCUAUACCAUCGCUUCUUCUUCUGCUGCUGCUGCUGCUGCUCAUUCAAUUCCGUUAUAAUAACAACUGAAAGCAAAACGGUUCACGCUAUUUACGGCGGAUUGAGUUCAGAAGGGUGCGUGCGUGUGUAUGCAUGUGUUCUUCUGCACCGUAUGGGCGUCAAAAACGCCCCAGAUCUGCAGCGGCGGCAGCGAACAUUUUGCAGAGCGGCAAGCCGUCGCUGUGCGAACUGGACGGGGGAGAGAGCGACGAGGCUCCGCUAGAAGCUCCUGGUGCUCCGGGGGCGGUGGAGGACAGCCGGAUGACGGUGCAGGAGUUCAACACGCUGGUGGCGCUGUACCGGGAGCAGGUCAUCUCGGUCGGGGAGAUAUCCAGCGACUGUCCGUCCCUGCGGAUCCAGAUGCACCACACGCGCACCAAAGGGUGCUCCAUGGCGCGCGCCGCCCACCACGACCUCGCUGUCAUGUCUGGGUCAGGGCCAGAGGACGGGGAGAUCCAGCCUGAGAUCUGCAGGCUCUUCAUCCAGCUCCAGUGUUGCCUGGAGAUGUUUGUUACGGAGAUGCUGAAGUCCUUCUGCCUGCUUGGGGUCCUGAAGCUGCACCGGAGAGGAAAGGACAUGUAUGCAGAGGCCAGAUUGGAUUUCAAAGUGGAUGAGAGCUCUGAUGUCCCCAUUCUGGAUGACUCCUCCUCCUCACCACUCUUCAACCACCAGGACCCGUGGCUGGUGGGCACCGAUAUCGACAACAUUGAGCGUGACAUGCGUGAGAUGCGAAAUCUUCUCAGCAAACUCAGGGAUGCUAUGCCAUUACCGCUGAAAAACCAAGAUGACAGCAGUCUGCUGAAUUUGACUCCACAUCCACUGGUGGCACAGAGAAAGAGGCGUUUCUCGGGCCUCUGUUGCGUGGUGUCUGGCUAGCUAGAACCCUGGGAUCCACUCUCCUGCGGCCCCAAAGAAGGUCUUCACAGUGUUAUUUUCUGUCUUUGUUCAUUCAUUUAUUAAUUCCUACAUUCAUUGGAGCCUCUAGGCCAGAAAUCUUCCUGACUCGCACUCACAUGGCCACAAAACGUCUUCACAAUUAUAUAACUUGAUUCAUUGGUUCAUUCAUGUUAUUUCAGUAUUAGUCCAGCAGUAUUUGCCAUGUUUCUGUGUUCUCCAUACUUCUGUUAUAUUGUCAUGUCAGUGUAGGUCCCAUUGCGGUUGAAUUAUAUAUAACACAUUCUCCUAUAUGCUGAAACCAUGCAAAACUCUCAUAGAAUCAACACCUUGCUAUUUCUGUAUAAGUGAAAUAUCAUUGAAAAUUGUACAUCGUGUAUGUAGGAGCCAUAUUUAGUUGUUUUUUUUUACCAUUGCAGAAAAAUCCAUAUUUUCCCGCAAGGGGGUGUUGUUGGCCCACAUGGAUUUCAAGUAUUGAACAUUGAGUAUUUGUGUGAUCAGGAACAGGUUGGUCAGGCAUUAAAACCCUUAAUUUAUCCUGGAUUCAUACAUUUUGUUUUGUUUAAUUUAUGAAGAUCUAAUUGUCAUGGGCCUAUUGUCUCAAAUAAAAAGCAGGAAACAAAGCCAGCGCAUGGAACCUGUCUAUAGCCUAUCUCAGCCAGCACAAAGGGUUAAUGGAAACCUCUAUAUAGGAUAUAUAUAUGUGUGCAAUACUUAUGCCAAAUGAGUUUAUUGCUGGCUUUGUCUAAAUGUUGGCUUUUUCGACAUGAUUCUAAAUGGAUCAGAUUUGCAGCUCUGUCUCUUUAGUCUUCCAUCACGUUCUCCAUCACAAAGGCUUUUAAAUUAUUAUUUUUUUGAAUAAAGCUUCCAUGAUAAUGACAACAACAACAACAAUGAUAUCUAUACCAUGAUCAUAAAUCCAAUUAUAAUGAUACUUUUUAAGCUAGGGUAGGCAAUUUAUAAGCUAUUUUGAAAGUACAGCAUCCAACCGAAAAAUCCCACCCCUCCCUUCUGGCCUUCCUCGAAAGCCACUCCCCCAAAACACAUGACUAGCUCGCUAAAUUUAGUAAAGUUCCGCCUAGCCUUGUGAAAGACUCCGGUCAUGCACAGAGCAGAAUAAAAGUAUUGGACAAGCGUAUUUUAGGCCUGCGACAGACAAAGAUAUUUUCAAGAAUUGUAACAAAAAUAUCUAAAAUAAGGCCCCGUCCACACUAACCCGGUUAAAUAUAAAAACGCACCUUCACAUGAAAACGAUCUCCGUCCACACUAUCGUUUUCAUAGCGUUUUCGGAAUGUUUUGCAUCCACGUUCCACACUGAAAUGAUUUUGAUAAACAGUUGUUGUCAUGGUUACGCGACUCCCGCCACGCCUCUCUGUUUAUAUUACAGGCGCGCAAUCAGCUGAUAGUUGCAGUUGAUCAGCUGGCUAAUCAUUUUCACUUACAAGCAAAAACAUGGCUCAAACCAAAAGUAGAAGUACGGUUUGAACUGGCGUCUUGGCGUUUUUUUUUCCCAUCGCUUAAGCACAGCAAGUACAGCGCUCGCCUUCGGCGUUGGACUAACAAAUAUGUUUGAGACAAUGUGUCGAGUUGUAACUUGAGAUACAAAAGUACAUUGUACAGAGAAAUCAUCAUUUCCAUUUCACCUGCCAUUUUUUUGAUGAGCGUCUCGGUCUCGAGCGCAAGCUUGUGGCAGCGUCAUGGCAGUGUCAUGGCAACCAAAUGUCAUUGUUUCAGUAAGCCUCCGUCUACCCUGACCACACUACAACGCAAACCCAGCGUUUUCUAAUUUAUCCACCUCAGCGAUCAUUUUUGAAAAGCAUCGUUUUCAGUGUCGGAAUUCGCCGUUAUAGAGUGGACGGAAGGGCUAAACGGAUAAACAUGUAUGCGUUUUUAGAUUUACCCGGGUUAGUGUGCACAGGGCCUAAAUAGUCUACUCUAGCUUUAAGUAGGAUGCAGAUUUGUUUGAAUUAUAUAGCUAGCCCCACCACUGUGAACAUAUUUGUGUUUGUUGAUAUCCUAGCGCAUUCCACCACGAUAAGCAUUUGGCUCAUCUUCUAUCUUCAGAUUGUAUUAAAAUAACAUGACUAUUUAUUAAAAAACCUUUUUUUCACAGAA